AUGCCCAAAAUCACCAAGCCUCCCCGCCCCAUCAGCAAGGCUACAAAACCUCUAGGAUAUGUAACUGCUCAAGAUGCAGACAUCUACCCUGUUCCCACGCCGCACCACAACUCAAUUCCCCCAAGAAAUCAAUCACCAUGGAAGUCCACGUACAACGACCCGGCCGGCUGGGGGAUCGUGCCCGCGUGGGGCUACGCCACCGUCCUCGAAAGCACAAUCCCCGACCUGCCGUCCGGCACAACGAUCUUCGGAUACUGGCCGGCGUCCGGCCACGUGGUGGACCUCCAACUGACCUCCGGGGAGCCACACGGCCACUGGACGGAAGUGUCCCCGCACCGGCGGGGUCUGUUCUGGCUGUACAACCAGUACACUGCCGUGGUCGUCGUCACCUCAACCAGAAGCCUGGAGACGCUGGGCUGGGACUGCACCGUGCGCACGAUCUGGACUUGCGGCUAUCUCCUCAGCGAGUACGUCUUCACCCCCGACCCCGCGGCUCAUCCGCCGCUGCCCCCAUCCCCGUCCCCGUCCCCGUCCCCAGAGGGGUCGAAGCAGUGGACCGCCGACGACGCGGACAUCUCCCACGCCGUCGUCAUCAGCCUGGGCGCGUCAACAAAGACCGGCCGCGCGCUCGCGCAUAAUCUCGCCUGCAGGCCCGCGGAGACGGGACCCCUGGGCUUCCUGCAGGUCACCUCGGCGCCGGCUGCGAUCGCGGACGCCGCGACGAAGCUCGCGCCGCCGUUCCCCACCAAGGCCGUGUCGUACUCCGACAUCGCGGCGGCGACGGAGGAGUGGCUGGCUAGCAAGCAGGCGCCUAAGAUCGUGCUGGUCAAUUUCGGCAGUCGAGAUGGCGGGGUCGAGCAGGUGUUGGGCUUGAUCCGGAAUAAUUCGGUCUUGGAGGCUGCUAAGCUUGUUUUCAUCGGUGUGGGACUCCAGCAGAAGGUUCACACGAUUGACGAGCUUGUUGCCAUGGGUAAUGUCGCUGCCCAAUUGGGCAUUGUUCAGCUCAGUACUUCAUCAAUUAUGGAAGCUGCUCUCGGUGUUGUAGAUCACAAGAAAUUCUUUGACGAAGUGGAUGAGCGCUGGAAUCACUGGUUGGCCAAUCGGGCAUCCGCUGCCCCUGAUCUGCGUCUGGUCUGGGGCAACGGGGUCGUUGGUGCAGAGGGCCUUGAGGGAGGCUGGAAGUCGCUGUGCAAGAGUCAGUUAAAGCCCGAGGAGGCUUUGGUUUAUCGUCUGUAUGAUGAAGCAUCGGCACACCAGUCCCAAAGCUUUUAAAUAUGUUUAGACAAGAAAGGCC